AGCCCCCAUAUCAUCGAUACCAUCCGAAGAUUCAUUGCCGAAACUGACGUUAACUCUGAUGGCGGCAGUCUUAAGAUGUUCCGUCCAAGUACACCUACAAGCGGCCUUAGAAACGCAGAUUCCGUCCUGCCAGAAUUUUCCGUCCGGACACUGACAGCCUGGCCGACAGGCGUUGAGAUAGCGAAAGUCAGCUGUCGGACAGAGACCAACAGAGGCGAGAGCGAUGGUGUGGCAUGUCAGGUGACAGACGUCGGUACAAUUUGA